AAACGCGUCUCCUCUCCCCGACGCGACAUUGCCAAUUACUAAGCCUGCCUAAACCUGUUUAAAUAUUCCCAUUUACGAAGUUCAACUGCCAGGGAUCACCACCAGAGGACAAAAACAAUGAAUCAUAAUGAUAAUGCAUCCGUCGCCAUGAACGAAGUACCCUAAAAGCCCACUCUAAACAUAAAAUCGAAAAUAAACCGUUCCAAAACACAAAACACCACAGCAGUUCUCUCAAAUGAGCCAACCAGCUGUGCUCGAGAAAUCCACCUCGCUAUCCUUACCACAAACCCCCACAGCGCCAACGCCCGUAAUAUCGACGCAAGAAAGCACAUUGAUAGGUGGGAAUACAUUCAGCAACACAGUCGAAAGCGCGGCCAGCAGCGACUACGGAUCCGACUUCUCCCCCGACGAGGAGGAGCUGUUGAAUCUGCUGCUGGCGCGGAUUGGCGAGCGCCACGAGCGGACAAGUGUAAUUUCUGGCCCUGGCUCUGGUUCCGGUUCUCCUUCUGCAUUUGCUACACCUGCACUCUCACCCCCUGCGGUAUCUUCUGACCCUGCUGGUGGAGGGAUAGAGAGUGCUGUUGCUGCGAUUAAUGUUUCCGAGGCGUCUGUGGAUUUACACCUGCAGUCCUUAUCGCUGCCGCCGGUGACAGAUAUUGAGGAUCAUGCGGGUAUAUCGAGGGAUAGGGUCUCUAGGGUUCUGGGCAGGGAGAAGUGGGAUUCUAUCUCGCAGAGGGCGGGGUGGGGGAGCGGGAAGGGUAGAGGAUGGGUGGAACAGGGGAUUGGCGGUUGGGGUGCGUUUAGCUGAGCACCCGAAUUCGCCUGAGGGACGGGAGCGAGAGAGACAGAGAGAGCUUGAGCGGGAACAAAAGCAGGUAGCUGCGGACCAGGGUGCUCAAGAUGGGAACGUGAAUGGGGAUGGCAUGCCUGUUCCGGAUAUGCGGUCUCCCCUUGAGCGCUUCCGGAAACCACCUAGGAAAGCUUUGUCGGUUACAGAUCUAGUUUCUCCUGCCUGGUGCGAGUUACAGUAUUGGUAUACCUUGACAAAGUUUGGGCGGAAGAGGGCUACCCCGGCGAUGAAGCAGGGAACUGUGGUUCAUAAGGAGUUAGAAGAUCAGGUGCAUAUCACUGUCCCUGUCGAGGUUAUGACGAGAGAAGAUGGGUGGGCUCUGCGACUAUGGAAUGUUAUACAGGGGUUGCGUACACUGCGGGUUUCGGGGAUGACUAGAGAGUUGGAAGUUUGGGGGAAUGUUGAUGGAGAAAUUGUGACAGGCAUAAUUGACCAGCUGUCCUAUGAGUGUCCAGAUGAGGAGCUGGAGGCAUCCGCAGAAGCGAGUUACGCGGACUUCAGGACGUCUAAAGCCUUGCUUCCGGAAUAUCAGACUUCGAUUACUGAAUUUUUCCUUUCUCCGGCUGGUGGUGGGAGGAGGCUGUCUGAUAUUGGGGUGGCGAAACCUGAAAAGGAUGUGGUGUCUUCGACGUCGAAACCACCGUCAAAGAAGAUAUACAUCACGGAUAUCAAGACGCGCGGGAAGAGUAGCCGUUCUAUCCCAACUGUUAAUAGUGUUGGCUUUCGCCCUACCCACCUCCAACUACAACUAUACUAUCAUUUCCUCACCCGCCUCUCUACCUCUGAAGAUGUCACCAUUGACGCCAUCGCAGCACGAUAUGGCCUCGAAGCCGACAAGCCAUUCUCAGACUCCUUCAUCGCACAAGUAGGCAGCCUAAACGAACAAUUCUUCGACGCGCCACAAGACCUAGAUGCGGACUAUGUCCCUCCUUCGGGUUCAGAAGGUGGAGAAUUCCCUUCUAGCAGCCAAGACUCAAUGACCAUCCUCCUCGAACAUAACUCCCUCUCCCGUCUCUGGACACUCAUGAAAUCUCAACACCGCCUCACUUUCCUCCCUCCAGUCGCCAAUACCGCAACCACCAGCACCACCAGCCCUCCGCCCCAAGAUGACCUCCAACAAGACACCCCGGCCCUUACCACUCUCCUCUCUCCCGUCCUAACAGCCACCUAUUUAACCCCGCCCUCCAACCCCGAUGAAUCUAUGCAAUACCUCGGCAGCCGCUCCUUCCUCUUCAACCCUUCUUCCCUCUAUAGCUACCUCUCCGAUGAAAUGCACUGGUGGCGCGGACACAGGCAACCGCGUGGCGUGCCGGUCAUGGAGGCGUGGAAGUGCCGAAUAUGCGAGUUUCGCGAGGAGUGUACGUGGCGACGGGAGAUGGAGGGGAAGCUGGCGGUUAGUAAGAGGCGGAAAAGAAAUGGCGGGGAGGUGAACGGGGAGGGGCCGAUGGCACCUGCUGAUGGAAAUAGGAAAGUAGGGAACGAAGGGGUUGAGGAUGUGUCUGGACAGAGUGUCGUAUAGGGAGGGGUAGUUGCGGUUCCACCUGCCCUGCCUUGGUUAUGGUUAUCCAUGCCCUUGAUGCCAUGUACUAUACGUUUUGUUUAACGGAUUGUAUAAUAUCUCCCUCCCCCUUUUUUUUAGGGUUCUUGCUGUUUUUUUUUUUUUUUUUGGAGCGGGAUAUGGAAUGGUUUACUUUUGGAAGUCUCCUGCAUAUAUUUAGCCUUAUUUGUUUUUCUGUUUUGCAUCAGAUACUUAGAUAUAUUACAUGCCAUGCUCAUGAUGUUUUUGGGACUCUCAGCGUUAAUAUGCCAAAGGGAGUGUUCUGGUUUCCGGUUUCCGGUUUGUAUUAUUCCGAUUCCAUUCUACUCUUUAUUCCUUUCUCUUUUUUUUUUUUCACCCUUCCUUUUUGCCAACUUCUUCAUGCAUUUAUAGAAAGUACGUACGUAAUGUUUCAAGAGGAUCAAAAUACACAGCUAAACUGGAAUAUUGAGAAAGUCAUAA